GUGGGCUUGGUUUCGCCGCUCGGGAAACAGCUUUGGCACUGGACUCUGUGUGUGUGUGUUUAUGUGUGGAUGAUGCCUGCGUGCUGCGCUGCCGCUCGGUGUAUUUCUCUGCGUUUCUGUAAAUAACUAAGCAGGUAUACGGAUCCUAACCAAGUUAUUGGCAAUUUCUCCGUAAAUGGGCUCUGGGUGUGUGAAGGACGAGCCUGGACGCAUCAGAUGAGAAGAAAUUCAAUCGCAUAGUGCGGCCGCUGCUGUACGGAUGGUCACCUCUGUCCAUGACUGGUGUGGUGGUCUGGUGUGAUCUGCUGUAAUGAAGCAGCUGAUUGCUGAUUGGAGCACUAAGAGCUAGAGGCACACUUGCUGAAGCCAGAACACACGUAAGCUGUACCAGGCCCAUGCGUGCGGUGCCCUCCAGUGGUGUGUGAUGGCUCCUGCGCUGAGCGUGGUGUUUGGGGCGGAGCUUGCGGGGUCAGGGGUCGUGGUCCUGGCCAAUGGUCAGCUGGCGCUGGUGGGCAUCCUGACGGCCAUCACAGCCUUCCUGCUGCUCUCCCUGCUUCUAAUGCUGUGUGCUAGCUGCCAGGGACAGAAGAAGGCAAAUGGACAACCAGGAGACCAUGAGACACUGAUGAAUGGGGUGUCUGAGAAGGAGGUGUGUAGUCAGUCCGUGGAGAGCCAAGGGACAGACCUGGCAGCUAGCAGCUCUCAUAACGGACCUCUGACCAGUGGGACAGUUCUGACGGACACCAUGGACACCAGCCCUCACCCCUCUGAGGAGAUGCUGUCCAGCCAAUCAGAGCUCAGAUCCUCCAAGUGUCCGCAGGACCGUGAGUUACCCAGCAUCCCCCCUGCGGUCCAGAACGGGCGCCUGACCUCUGACCCCCAGGUGGCGGCCUCGGGGGACAGCACGUACGAGGUGGUGCGAGAGGGCGGCGCGGCGUCCAGAGACGUCAGCGCGGAGGACUCGCUCUACGAGACGGUCAAGGAGCUGAAGGACCUGGGCCUCCCCAAUGGGACGGUCGCCACGGAGACGCCGCCGCCGUUCCCACAAUCCCCUGGGGCGGCGCCCUGCGGCCUCCUGAACGGUCACCUGCCGCCCACUCCGUCGUCCAGCCCUCCCACGCCUGACCGCGGCCCCCUGGUGGCCGGAGUGGAGUACGCGUCCGUCGACCUCAACAAGAAGAGUCGCUACAGCGCCGACAUGGAGGCUCGCCGACGCUCCGCCUCCACCGUGACCUCUGACCCCUGCUGCCCUGCCGAGGACGAGGACAAGCCGCCGCCCAUCCCAGAUAAGAUGCUGGACGAGAACGACAACCAGCACACACUCAGCGACGCCAGCAUGCUGCACAAUGGACAGUUGCCAUCUCCUGGGUCAGCUGUGUCAGAGUGUGUGAACCACGUGUCCUCAGACAGUGAGCUGUCCCAGUUGUACUCCGCGGUGAUGAAGACGGACUCGUUGGUGUCUGAGGACAAGGAGGGCGACUACAGCAGCAUCGGUGACCUCCGUGACCUCCCUGACCUGGCCACCGACGAGUCCGCCUGCUCUUGCACCUCUCGCCACCCGCCAAGGGCGCCUACGCCACGAAAGGACGCUGUGAGCCACCGGCCGGGCGACGCAGAGGCCGGGGCCGGUACGGUAAUGACCAUCAGGAUCCCCAAGAGCAGCGAGGAUGACCGCAGCCAAUCAGACGCCGGCGCGCCAGUAGAGCCUGACUAUGAGAGUGUUGGGGAGCUCGGACUGAGCAGGGACACGUCCUGA